CACAGUCUGUUUUCGGUUGCUAUGAUGAAAUUUGCGGAAUGCUGGGAUUGUUUGGUCUCUCCGUGAGUUUUCUUGUGGACAAAAACAUUCAGUCUGUGAAGAAAACAUCAUAAUGAUUGGUCGAGAUAUGUGGAGCCUUCAUUCUGUGGAUUACAGAAAAUGGGAGCGAAGUACAAGUUCCAAACACCUGCUUUGGACAGCUCCUAUUCAUAAAUCAGACAUAUCAUCUAAUAAAGCAGGAAAAAGAUCAUCUCCAACUUUAAAACCAGGAAAAUCUCUAAAUACUGUCCACAAUGAUUUCUCAACACUCCCCAAACUCCUUACAAGAAGGAAAACAGAAAGCGUUGAACAGGAAAAGAAAGACUGUAUCAAAACCCUGAUGUUACUCAUCAGGUCCAGGAAAGAGGCAAUAAAGGAUCUGGAGGAGCAUUGUGAACAGCUUCAAGAGAGAAACCUGCAGGUGGCCAGAAGCAUUGUGGAUACAGACAGAAACUCAGUCUCCAAAGCCAAUGAACGGCUCGUCCAGAGUCAACAAAUGAGGAGAUCAAUGACAGCUUUGAAACGAUGGGAUGACAGUCUUAUUAAAAGUGCCAAAGCAGACCUGAUUGCUACAGAGGAAGCGUCACACACACAUCUCAGUGGUUUGCAAAAGCAGUUGGAUGUUGUAAAAGCAGAGGUGCUGAAAGCUCAGAAGGAGCUCCGUUUCCUGAAAACAUACAGAGAUAUGGAGUUCCCAGUCAAGGUCUUGCAGAUUGCAGACAUGGAAAGAAAGCUGGAUCAACUGAAAAAGCUGCAGCAGAAUGAGCAAGAGGAUGUGACUCUACUGUUUAAGAAAGAGAUGGAAAGUUUGGAGAGAUGCCAAAAGCAAAGAGAACAGGAAGUGCUGUCAGCCAUUGCUGAGAAACAUGUAUCCCACAUCCCUCCUAUUGUCAAACUAAUGACCUCACAGAACUACAAAAUGAAAGAACAGAUUAGUCUGCACAGAAAGGUGAUAAUGGAGCUGGAGCUAAAGAAGGAAGAUAUAACGAAGAGUAUUCAAGAGCUUCAACUAUCAAGACCAAACAUAAAGCGAAAGAUCUUUCCAGAUGUUUUUCUGAAAUCAGAUAAGUGUACUCCAGAUAUGGACGUCCAUCUCAAUAUACCUCAUGAGGAUUUACUCCCCGUGUAGCCCUUUGCUGAACGCAUUACCUUUUUGAGUCUUUCCUUCAGCUGCUAUAUAUUACAGAUGGAAAUCAAUGGAGCCACUACAUUAAAUCAUUUUACUGAGUCAAACAAUUUUAUAGAUCAUCUUUUCUUUAUCUGUUUAUGCUUUCAGUUUGUUUUAUUGGCUUGAUCCUCACUUUCAUUUCUAUAAGCACAAUCACUUUAGUGUAGCUACCAUGAUUUACUAAUGUGUCUUCAGACAUGCUAAUGCAUACUGUGUGUAUUUUAGUGCCACAUAAACUAAGCUGUGGAUGUUUCAUGACCAUGUUCAUUUUGCAUUACAUGUUUAAAAAUCAGACAUUUUAUAUUAUAUAGAAUAAUCUCGCUGGGGCACAAACUUUUACAAUUUUAAAAAGAAUUUUCCUCCUGAUUGUUUAAAGAGUCAUGAAAGCCCCCUCUUUCAGUUCAAGUCUACCCUCAUUUUUUCAAAAAAUGUUUCAUGUUGGGCGUGGAGCGCUGCCAGCAGAGGUAGAAACGGGCAUGGCCGACAGAGCAGGGGAAAAAGAUAGGGGAAAACAACUGUCAGGUGGCUCACAAAAUGAGAAACAAUCUGUGAGGAGACCCGUGAGUUUACAGUUUACGAAGUUAAAAUGCAAAGAAAUAAAGAGUAAGUAAUUUAA